CUCUCAGUGAGGGACUGGCACAGUUGGAGCAGGUUGGAGCUCUGUGAAGUGGUCUUUGGUUAAUCAUGGCAUUGAAGGAUGAGUUGCUGAAGCCAAUCUGGCAUGCAUUCACUGCCCUGGAUGUGGAUCAGAGUGGCAAGGUGUCCAAAUCCCAGCUAAAGGUUCUGUCGCACAAUCUUUGUACGUUGUUAAACGUCCCACAUGACCCCGUCGCUCUGGAUGAACACUUUCGUGAUGAUGAUGAGGGACCAGUGUCUAAUCAGGGAUACAUGCCUUAUCUCAAUAAAUUCAUUCUGGAUAAAGUACAUGGAGAAAUCAACAAAGUGGAAUUUAAUAAAAUGUGCUGGACUCUAUGUGCAAAGAAAAAUCUCACCAAAAGCCUGUUGUGUAUCACAGAGGAGAGUGCCUUUAAAAUAUGGGCCAUAUUCAACUUUUUAUCUGAAGACAAGUACCCUCUGAUCAUUGUCCCCGAAGAGAUUGAAUAUUUGCUGAAGAAGUUAACGGAAGCCAUGGGAGGAGGGUGGCAGCAAGCUUUGUUCGAAGAUUACCGAAUCGGUCUUCACAGGAAGCAGAACGGUUUAUCUGCAUGGGAACUCAUCGAGCUGAUAGGCAGCGGAGAGUUCAGUAAAGGAAUGGACCAUGCCACCGUCUCCAUGGCAAUUAACGAGGUCUUUAACGAGCUGGUACUGGAUAUCCUAAAACAGGGUUACAUGUGGAAGAAAGGACACAAGAGAAAGAACUGGACCGAGCGGUGGUUUGUUCUGGAGCCCAACAUGAUCACAUAUUACGUCGGCGAAGAUCUAAAGGACAAAAAGGGAGAAAUUCUUUUGGACGGGAACUGCUGUGUUGAGUCAUUGCCAGAUAAAGAUGGGAAGAAAUGCCUGUUCCUGGUGAAAUGUCUGGAAAAAAGCUACGAGAUCAGCGCAUCGGACAAGAAGAAGAAACAGGAGUGGAUCCAAGUGAUUCGGACUGUGGUUGAGCAGCGCCAACAGGGGCUUCCUCCACUGCACAAAGAGGCACGCAGGAAACGGCGGGCUCUACGCCAGAAAGCGUUAGCGGAGCAAAGGGAGAUUGAAAAAAUGAUGAAGGAUCUUCAGACUGCUAAUGAAGCCAAACAGCAGGAACUGGAAACUGUGCGCAAGCAACUGCAAGAGGCAGCGGAACGCGCAAGCGUGGAAGCGAAGCGACUCCAGGAUACUCACCUUCAACUGCAAAAGCGGUUUAUGCUGGAUCUAGAACGGGAACAAAUGAUUCGGAUACAGAUGGAAAAUAAGGUAGCGGAGAAAUCCUCUGAGCUGGAACAGAAUUUACUCCGGUUACGCGAGCUGGAGGACCUGUAUGUACAGCUGCAGGAAGCCCUGAAUCAGGAGAAGCGAGCGCGUCAGGAGGAAGAGAAUGCCCGUUAUAUACAAGAACGGCUCCUGGAGGAAGAAGCGACCAAGCGAGCCAGGUUGGAGAAGUUACAUAGAGAGCAGGAGAUUACGUUAAAGACGACCGAGGCGGAGAAGAAGGAACUGGAGAGCAUGCGGCAGACGAAAGAGCGCGAGUUACAGGAAGCCAUGGACCAGCUGCAGCAGCUGGAGAGAGAUCGCGUCAAAGCCCGCGAGGACUACCAGAUCGUUAGACAGAAACUUGACGAAGCGGCCUGCAAUACAAAAAGCUGGCAGAAGAAAGUGGCCAAACAAGAAGGUUUAAUCCGGUUAAUACAACCAGGUUCCAAAAUUCAAGAGUUCAUCACACACUGGGGUCCAGCGUCUGUCACAGACGCGGAGUUCAAGCAGCUUGAGAAACAGUGGCAGGAGCAGAAAAGCGCCAGUUCAAAAUAAACGCCGGAAUGCACCGAGCGCAAGAAGAAAGAAGGUGUCUUAUACCAUGGAAACGCAGAGUUACUAUUAUAACUUGUUUGAUUAUUAGGCUGUGUCCAUCUUUUAAAAAAAAAAAGGGAGCAUACUGGUAAUAUUUAGAUGUUAGAGACAUAGAUCUUACAAUACGGACACUAACUGGGAUAUAAAUCCAAUCCCACACCGGACUGCUACAAAGGGAAUACUCGCUUCCAUCCUGGACCUCCGCACGAGUGGGGAAGAUGUGUUCUGCAUUCCAUAUUACCUGCCCUGAUGUGUAGAAUAGGUGAUGUUUGGGAAAUGUGGCUCCUAAUAAUAGGGCCAUAAUAUUUUGCAAUUCUGUUAAAGAAUCUGCUAUGACUUGUCUUAUAUAAAAAUUUAAAUUCCA